GGGGGGGCGGGGGGCGGGCGGUGCUUUCUUCCUGACCCCUGAGGCGCAACCCAGCCUCUCUGCCUGGUCCCUGCCCUGGCCUCCCCUGCCCCGCCCCGCCCCGGCAAACGUCCUGCGCUCCUGGCCCCAGGCAGGGAGAGUCUCAUCUGAACCUAGGCCCAGGAUCUGGCUGGGGUGGGCUCCUAGAGGCAGUGUGCGUGGGAGACGGAAACCUGGGCGAAGGGACACAGUGUCUGAGCAGCCAAAACGCCCCUGGCCCUCCUGAGACCAACCGCCAGGUGCAAAGUCAGUAAGUGUGUAAACAAAUAAACGGCGAAUGAGGACACUGGAUGUACAACACAGGCUGUAGGUAAAGUCUAAUUUCCUUAAUAUACAAAGAGCUCCUACAAACCAAUGAGAAAAAGGCCGGCCAUACUGUGCCAAAGAGAAAAUAGAUGAAGACAAGGCCCAGGCCAGCAAGACACGGACCGUGGGCAGUUUCACUGGUACUGGGCAACAAGCACAAGCAGGGGGGCCAUUUCUCCCUGUGGCCUCAACCACAGGACCCGUGAUGUUUGGGAACCUGCUGACUGUGCGGCUGUGGGGAAGUGGUGCCCUCCUAGCGGCUGGGAGUGUCGACUGGCCCGUUGGGGACCAUGUCCCCAGAUGACACAGGCGCGUAUCUUGGACUAACUCUUCCGCCCUGCGGAUCUGUUCGCUGGGGACACGGACCCACAGGACAAGCGCAGGCGGAGGGGCUGGGUAAGCCAAGGGUGACUCAUCUGCAGGUGGAGUCACGCAGCCAUUACCAAGGUCACUGGCAAGGCCGAUGCGCAGGGCUGCGCCCUGGGGAGGGCUGGGAGGGACCCAGAAUGCGACGGCCCCAGGCUCUCAGGCUGGGCAGUGCGCCCUCACCUCUGCCUCUCUUGGCCUCUCGGAGGCCGUCCCCAGCCAUCUUUUAUCCUGUGAGGGAGCCCUCGAGCUGCUGUUGGAGGUGGCCUGGGGGCAGCAGGAGACUCUGGGACAGGGAUGUACUGGCGCUUGGGCCUCGGUGCUUCAGGGGCAGGAGUCCGGAAGAGCCUUGCAGCUGGCCUCAUCUCCGUGCUUCUCCCUGAUGUUGUUUUUUGCUGGAAAAUCCAGCCUGCAAAGCCAGCUGGGCGCCGGCCCGGAGCAGCUGGGGCCAAGCGGCCGGUGCUCUGGCAGAUGCAGGCUUGAUGCCUCUUCCUGCCUCCUCCGGGCCCAAAGCUGGUGGGGGCAGCAGCGAAGGGGCCUGGCCAGUGGAUACCCGAGGCCGCAAGGAGAGCGCCCGCCUCCCUGCUCAGGCCACCCCAGGAGAAAAGUCCCCAAACUCCCGCAGAGCCCAGCACAUCCGCAGAUCCUGGCGACGGGCGUCCACUGCCGUCCCCAUGGCCCUGAGCCCCUGACCAAGGACCACGGCAGCGGCAGACUUGAUGCGGGUGGGAGCAGCAGGGGGUGUGCCGUCCUCCCGACCCAGCCCCUCCUGGGAUGGAGCCCACGGGGCCACGUGGGGCCACGCAAUUUCUCCUUCGUGGUCUAUGCCUCGGCAGUCCUGCGGGUUAACCAGCCCUUGCGCCCCCACCGCCACCCCGAGGCGCGCCCUCCACAAAGGGGCCAGUCCUUUCCCCUCGGCUCCGGCCGCCCCGCUCCGUUGCGCGGUUGCAGGCAGGCGCGCACGCACACCCAGCCAGCUGUCCUCGGUGUCUCUUCCCUGGGGUGCCCGCCUCUGUCCCUGGGCUCCGUCCGAUUUUCCUCGUGCCUGGGUUUCACAGCCCCCAACUCACAGACCUCCCCCCUUCGUCCACAUUCACUGGGAGAGAAGAACUUGCUGACACAAGAGCUGCAGUUUUGACGGGGUCAGAGCAUGUGCGCUUCCCGUGUUACCCCUCCCCCAGCCGCCAGCACCGACGGGUGGUUGUCCCGCCGGCGCCUUGCUGACUCCCAGGCUGCUGGAGUCGCGCGGUGGCCACUCCGGGUCUUCAGAAAACAAGCAAAGUGGGGGAGGGCUCUGCCGUGUGCACGGCCUUCCACGUCCCGGGGUGACCUCGAGCUGCCCCUGCGAACAGCCCCAUCCUCCCCUCCUACCUGCUUCGUGUGCUUCGCGGGUCCAGUGGCGCUUUCUGUGCAGGUGCCGCUGGCACACGUGGGCGGCUUCUCGCUGCCCUCCCACUAUUCCUGCCUCUUCCCCCUGCUCCCACCUCGUCCUGGGCAUCUGGUGGAGGACAAAACAGACCACACGCCGCCCUCCUGAAGCUCACGCUUCUGCAAAGGCAGUUAGGUGAAAAAAGGCUCGCGUUCGACUGUAAACAGGGCUUCAGCUCUGAAGCAUAAAGAGGUCAGCAGCGUUCACAGCCUGAUCCUGUCCCUCUUCUUCCGGCUGCUUUUGCAACACGGACGCGUGUGUCUGGAUCUCGGCUUCUGUUCUCUCCUGAAGCGGGUACCGAAGCUCUCAGCCUCUCCAUUACCAGCUCCCAGCUUGUCAUGCCGUCUUUUCCCUGCUGUUGACGACUCCCUGGAGGCCAGCGGGUCUCUGCAGAAUUAACUCUCCCUGCACCCCAGGGAUGACGGAGGGCAGAGCCGUGCCCUCCCAGCGGAAAGGACCACAGACGCAGGGCCGAGGUGCAGAGCAGAGCCCGGGGACAGGCGGCGUGCCACGAGGGGAGCUCACCCGUCAGGGCGUGGCCGGACCGAGGGUGCCCUCCAGAACCUUCCCACCGGCAGGGGUCUGUAGACGGCCGCUUGGCAGGACCACCAAGGACGCGGCCCUGGUGCAGGAUCCGAGGGCAGUGGAGGCGGAGGACCAGCUGCAGCCGUGCUGGUGGCGGAGGGGACACGCGGGGGACGGGGUAGCCCCUGAGGACGGGAGGUGGUGCGAGGAGGACCAGCUGGUGCAGCCGGAGCGUCGGGACAGGCGUCCCGCGAGCUGCAGAGCCAGCGGCCUCUGCCGCCCUGGGGCGGGGGGUGGGGUGUGGGGGGGUCCCAGGUCCCAGGCUGCCCGAGGGCGCACCGCCUGCGUCUUCUGCAGCAGCAGGGUCACAGCCCCCCGGGCUCCCCACUGCAGGCCCAGGGCCACCACAGACGGGACGGAGACCCACCAGGGACCCGGGAAACAAAGCCGUGAACACAGACGCUGGGCGUGCCGGCUCUUUCUGGGAUUUUUAUUUCUUUAAAAUAAUUCAUACAAAUGGUUACAGUCACAAACAUGAUUUUAACCAAAAUAUUGCUAGCCUACCACAUCAGCAGGACGGCUCCGCUCGGCGGGCGCGGGGCCCUGGCCCCCGGGGCAGAGGCGCACGCUCUGCCCGCCUGGCGGCGCCGCCUUCGUUUGGAACAAGGGGGUUCAUGCCAAAAUUAGGAAAGACAGCCUGGGUGUUGCUUUUCUAAAUUAUCCUAAAAAUAAGACAAGCAGGUAGAAAAAACAAUGCAC